AUGGUGUUCCCUAGGGCUUUGGGAUAUGUGGAUGAGGUAACCACGAAUCUUUUCCAUAGACUCAGUAAGAGAGUCACCUCUGUCCUUGCAAUAUUGGCAGAGACAUUCAGGUCCUUAGGCGCAUGUAGGAAAGCUGGCGCAGACAGGUUUGUUGGUUGUGCGCAAUUGCUUCUAGCUUGGUUCUAUAGUCAUUUUCGGUUGAUAGAUAAGGUCGUUUGUCGGGUUUUCUUCGAGGAUUACUCACCGUUAAAGGACAUAGUCGCUUCAAUUAGGAGAGUUGAUGUUCCAGAGGAGAAUUGGAUUGCACUACUUCAAAAUCUUCAGUCGAAAGAUGUUGAGUGGAGAGCUCCGUGGAUGAUUCCUGGUGAGAUUCUUUACCGUUGCGGUAGUUUCAAUUGCGUCCCUUUAUUGGGAAUUUGGGGUGCCAUUGGUUAUGCCACUUUGCUCGCGUUAAGGCAAUUCCAUUUGAGGCAGUUCGUGCUAGCAACUCAUGGGCUAACUCAAAGUGAGUUCGCAUAUAGAGGAGCCGAUUACAAGAAAAAGGUCGGUGAGAUCUCUAGCGCUUGGAACAAGACGUGCCGAUUGAAAGGAGUAGCUAUUGGCCCUGCUACGACUCCAGAAUAUGUUGAAUGGAGAGGAAGAAGGACCAAUGAUAACAUUCCUGAGCCAAAUAUGGAAGGAGCUCAACUGAUGGAGGAAUAUCUGCAAGUGAUGCCCUCGGAGUUAGAAAUUAUGAAGCAAGAAUUUGGGAGGAAAAAUUUGGAGCUCGAGAAAAGGAUAGCAAAGCUUGAAGAAGAAAAGAUGUACUUGAGUUUAGAUAUUGAUGUCCAGAAGAUAGAGGUCAAAAAAGAAAGAAAGGAAAAGAGGAAGAUUGAAGAGGAUAGAGAUGACUUGAAGGAACACUACAAAAAGGCACAGGUAUCCUUGAGAAGAGCGAAAAUAGAAGGGUCUUCAGAUCAAUUACAGAAAGAGGUCCAAGAAGGAAAGGCUAGAGCUGAGUACUGGGAGAAGAAGUUUCAGGAGAUGCAAUCGCGGAAUUUGGCAUUAGAAGAAGAGAAUAAAGGGUUGAAGUCUAAAGUAACUGAGCUUGGAAGAUACCUUCGUUGGCAUCGCAACCAUGAUUUUAAAAGAGCUAAAGAGUAA